UGCAAACGUCUACAAACUACCAACACAUAGGAUCCCUCACAAACGUUGGAUCGUGACGGAUAUCCGGUCCGAAAAACGUCAAAAAGCCGUCGGUCAUCAGAUAACGCAAGUGCCGCGAUGUUUUUGAAAUUCAAGGCGGGUUCGUCGAAAACGACCCCGCCUAGAGGCUCGUUUGAUUUGCGCGGGAGCAAACUGGGUCUGCCGUUGAGCUACGGGGGCCUCGGCAAUAAAUAUUACGAUCAGCUAGUUAUGGAACCAGACAAAAUCCUUCAGGUAGACUUGGUGAACAAUAUAACGGAGACAAGAGGAUCGGUGAGGUCGAGGUCGAUCCAGGUGGCAGUCGAGAUGAGGGACCGCGGCGUCCGUCUCAACGACAUAAUCCUGAUAUCCAGCAGGAGCCACGCGCACCAAACCAUCGUGGUACUAGCAACGUUGUUUCUUGGCGCCAUAGUUGCUCCCCUAAAUCCCGACUCCCCUUACCGCGAAUGCCUCGAACUAGUGCGCAAACUUAAGCCUCGGAUGUGCUUCUGCGACUCGAGAACCGUCAGCCAGAUCGAGAGGAUCCUCGCGACCUUGAACAUCGUCUGUGACGUGGUCAACUUUGGCAAUGACCACGCCGGCACCAUCCAGUUCUGCAAACUGUUCCCUUACAGGGAACCAGACUGGUUCAAGCCGGUAUUCAUCGACAGGCCGGAAAACGAAGUGGCAUUUAUUUUACCCACGCAGGGGACGUGCGCUGAGCCGAAACUGACCUGUCUGUCUCACCACAACGUUUAUACGCAGACAUGUCUCUUCAUGGAGAUAUUUGAUAGGCCAUCGAAAGUGAUCUCUUUUUUUCCAUUGUCUUGGAUAGUGCAGACGGUCCUGUGCUGCGCCUCGUUUGACUACGGCGUAUUGCGUAUAUUGCCGGGUUCGUUCAACGAACGUUCCGCCUGCAAACUGAUCCAGGACUUCGUCGUCGACACCGCGAUCCUCGGCACCGAUCUGACGCUGAAGCUGAUAGAAAACGUCGCCAUAAGGGAUUACAACUUAGACUGUCUCAAAUGCGCACUGGUGGGCGUCGUGUCGACGACGCGGAGCGACCUGCACCACAUGAGGCGUCUCCUGCCCGACGUAAAACUGUUGCAGGUUUAUUUCACCACCGAGACCGGGUUCAUAACGGCCGUGUCUUCGGCCAAUUACGCGGCCGCUUUAUCGAAGCCGGGCUCUGUGGGCCGAAUCCUGCACAACGGAAAAAUCAAAAUUCUAGCGUUGAAGAGCAGGGAACGGGUAGGGCCUCACGAAUAUGGUGAGCUGUACUUUUCGGGCGACGGCGUCAUGCUCGGUUACUUCAAGGACAACUCGGCUACACUCACGACGAUGGAGAAAGGAUACUUCAAGUCCGGUGACGUCGCACAGUACGACGACGACGGCUGGUUGUACUUGCGCGGCAGGGUGGAUGACAUCAUCCACGUGUCGGCUGACAAUUUUUACUUCCCGGUUGCGAUCGAGGACGUCAUCUUGUCGCAUCCGACGGUGUGCGACGCAGCCGUUAUCGGCAACGCCGCAGAGUUGAUCGCGUGCGUGCAGAAAAAGUCGGAGAGUACCUUAACGGCGGACAAACUGAUGUCGUACAUCAGUGAAAGGUCGCCGGAUCACAGGAAACUGACCAAGAUCAUAUUCUACGACGAGUUCCCGCGUACGGCUACAGGGAGUAUCAAGAAACGGCUCCUCAGGGAAGAGAUUUUGAAGGUGAAGAUCGAAUACACUAGAAGCCUGGCCAGUAUCGGCGCGUCGAAUCACAUUUCAGGCGGUCCCGCCUACUGAAGGGGUUUACUUCGAAUACAAAUAUACAUC